AUGCCCCAUCCAAUCUUAAAGCUGCUCGCGCAGCGGGUGGCCACACCAGGCCUUCUACAAAGCAAUCAAUUAGGGGUGACGGUGCAUGCCCUGCGCCAAGUUGGUCUCUUAACUGUGCGUAGCCAUCUACUCUUGGAUGUCAUAACAUCCCUGGCGCCGGAUACCGAAGCACGAUCAUUAGCUGCCACGUUUCACGCACUCGCGCUUUCUACUCGGGAACAAUGUGAACCCUCCGUGGCUAUUUCCCCUGAGCUCCAUCGGAGUCUCUUAUGCUUACAGGAUAGCUUGGCAGAGGUCACGCAUGACCUGACAGCUUCUGAUAAUAUCCUCGUCACAGAGGCACUUCUCGAACUGUUUGCGUUUGGUAGCGGCGUACUUCGGCUCAAGUUGCUGCAUGAGCUGUUGGAGAGAACUCUAGGGCUUGUGUAUGCUGUCGAGCGGCCCAUAGAUUUUUUAGGGAUUCUGCGCGUGAUCAAGAGGUUACACCAAGGACACCCCUUUUCACUUGUUUUGGACAAUUGGAAAAACACAGAAGUUGAUAGCUGCACGGAUCUCUCUGUGGCAGUGCCUACAGGGGACGAGGAAACUGAACUUUUGAUGAAACGAAUUCAUCAGUGGUCAGAAGAGGCUAUGACGCAAGCAUUGUCAGCAAUACAAGUCCGAUUGAAUACCUGGGGUAGGCACGAUAUUAUUUCUCUGCUAGAUGUAUUCACGGUGCGUGGUGCGCGGCCACCGCUCAGAUCUAGUUUGGAAGGGUAUGACCCCAACACCCAUUCACGACAACCAACUCAACACCUGCUGGAAGCAGCAUUGCCGCUUUUGCCCACCUUGAUAGAUACGGCCAUGAAAGGCCUCGACGAAAUGUUACCGUCCCAUGGAGUGGCGUGGAUAUUGCGGCUCGCAAAUUUACAACUUUACUCCAACGCGUUACCCUUGUUUAUUGGAAUUGUCCGACGCCUUUCAGACACGCAGACACAGAAAAAAAUGUCACUAUCUCAGCUUGGCUCCUUGCUUAUUGCUCUAAAUCGAAUUUUGUCGGAAGUGAGCGAGACAGCAGAGGGUGCAGAUGUAUCAAGUUCUACCCCAGCUGCACACCUUAGCCUUACUUCUUCGUCUCGUUCCGUGAAGGCGAAUGAUAGUGCUUUUCUAUCUACAGAAGAUAGGGAUGCAUGUUUGUCUCUCUUUGUCUCUGUGUUCAUGGAGGUUGUAUUUCGUAUUAAUCAAAUGGAGAGGGGCGGUCCAAAUGCGGAGCAAGCAGUGAAGACAGAGCUGCUGCCAUUAUUGCCACGGCUACCUGAGGAGUUUCUUACUCGCUUUGGUUUACCUCGCAAGGAGGGUUCACCACAUUCGAGCUCAAACACCAGUAUCGUAGAGGUACUUAAGAGUUUUUGUACAACGCUGGAGAAAGCAUGUUCACUGCUCUUGCGGCAUUUUGCGUCACUAGUGCCGCGUGAUCAGGUCGACGUGGUUGUAACAACCCUACAUUGGAAUGUGUUCUAUGCCUCUUCUUCUUCAUUGCAUGUUUCUGAGGAUGCAACACCGUUAAGACAUUUCAACACAAAUAGUCUUACAACCAGCAUUGAUAUUAGGAGCGUCUUCAGUGGCAGAAACACUGCCAGACACACUGGGGCUGAUCUAGUAUGGAUAUUUCCCCCGCUUUCCCACGAGGCCGCAGCGCGUAAGCUCAAGGCGCUUUGUGGCCUUAUCAGGGAAAAUAUUUCACAAUACAAUGCGAUGGAUAUGAUUAAGAUUCUCAAUGAGGCGGUCACUUCCACGCAGGUCUCUUCGGGUUCCAGCUUCAGGAAUGUUGGACGGGCAGCACAGUUGCCAUUAACAGCUCGUGGACCAGAUGUAUUCGAAGACGUUUACUCGGUAUGCGUCGUAUUACGGGAAGUCCUGAAGGAAUCUAGAUUGCGUGACGAAAUCGCAGCACUGCCGUCUUUCAUUCUAGUCCGCUACCUUACAACAUUGUCUAAGCUGAAGGUUCGGACGAAGAGUGAGUACAUGGAAGUUCUGAAUUUUUUGACAGGGCGAGAUUUAACUCCCUUUGAGCUGAUUUGUGUAUUGGGUGUCAUGGGCCGUCAUCACUUGAAUGCUCCCUAUUUUCUUUCUAUUUGUGUAAGGCGUCUCAGUGAGCUUAGUGGUGUCCUUGAACCCAUGCAAAAAGCGUUUCUGUUGAAGUACAUAGGUCAAUCCAACGGGCAGAGGUUUGUGCGCUCACCCGUUUUCGGUGCACUCAACGGCGGAGCUUUUUUUAGAUCUGAGUCUGAGGUGAACAAACUCACCUACCUCGAGGCAGUUUUCAGCUUCAACGGAUUGAUGGAGCUUCGACAGUACGAAAAUCAAACGUUGAGGUGGCUUCUUGAUGGUCCUCUCACUUCUGGGCUUGAUAGUAAUGAAAAUCCUGGAGGUGCGUCUCAGCAACUUAUUCCAAACACUAUAGCGCACGUUCGGUCGUCAACAACGCUUGCCGAGUUCUUGAUCUCGCUGUGUCGCCUGGGUGGGCCAUCGCAACAUGUUCCAUUUUCAUUAGUAAUUGCCGCUAUGCAGGCUUUGCAACAUGCAGUGGUUUCCUCUCGUAGUUUGUUUGUAGAUCUUGCUCUUUUAUUGAGCUAUUGGCCCAUUCUUUCACGUUAUACUGCGCUCUUGGCGUGCGAUGCGUCAAUUCAUGACCACCCGCUUGUCAGCGUAAAGGUUCAGGCUGACGCACCCCCGAGCAGGAGUAUUUUUAGUGAGAGAAGCUCUCAGAUUGACAAGGUGUCUGCAGCAUGGCACGGGCUAGUGGAGACGACUGCACCACUAGUAAGAGCACGCCUGCUGGAUAUCUCACGUUCUUCUCAGCUUCGUUUGAACACGUUUUUAUUUCAUCAAAUGGCAAUAGGGUGUUGCUUAGGUGCCAUGCCACCGGCGGACAGCGAUGAGGAGAGAACCCUUGUUCGACAUAUGGACAUAAAGAACAUGAAUGAGCUGAUGCACAAUCCGCGUCGACUCAUUGAUGGAGUAAUCCUUGGGUUGUAUCUAAUUCCGCGGUAUCCCACUGAGGCACUGUGCAUUUCAGAGUUUGUACUCAAACACGUCGGGGCGCUGCGCGUACAAGAUGCUCUUUCGGUGUGGUGUCUAUUGGAGGACGCAUUUCGAACGAACUCCUACAUACAGUCCAUUGUUAGUAACCCUGAUCUCGCUGCUACAACGUCAGUUACGAGUCUAUUUCAGAUAAGGGAUACUCUCCAUGGUUUACGGGAGGUAACUAAAAUGCAUGUAAUGGAGGAGCGAAACACACAGAAAUUGAGUCCAAUGGAGUCACGCUUAACUCGAGAACUUCUUUAACUAUAUUUCAUGACAUUUUACUAUUUUUUCUUUCUGGCAGAGGGAGAGGAUUCUUUUUGUAUCUCGACAAGUCGAAAAUAGCACACCGGUCCCAAUGGGACUCAGGA